CUAUGUCUAGACAAGCUGCCCAGUCCUGAACAAGUCUACAAAGAGAUUGAAGACAAGAUUUUGCUCCCAAAGACAAGUCUACCGGAGCACUGGCUUCCGUCGUAUCAAAUUCAUUGGGAGCAUCAUCUUGAAGUUCCGACUCUGCUUGUGACCGAACCUUCGCCAUCUCCGUCGACUUUGUCGUUCGUCCGCACCGGAUUAGAGGGACGUGUGACUGGUUGCGUAGAGGUACCAGUGUCAAAACAGGGCACUGGACUCAGCUCUACGUCUCUUGAUCGUGCACCUGCGCCAUUGCAAAGCUUUGUACGCGGGAAAUCCGGCCACGUACCAUUUUGGCCAGGAGGGCUCGAUGAGGCUCUACUAGCAGAGAACGAAAUUGAACUAGCUCCGAAGGGGCUCCGGACUGUACCGCCUGGUUUCAGCAGAGGUCUCCGUGAUGGUACUCAAGAUGUUGAAGGAGAUAUGAUUGCUCUAGAUGUUGGCGCACGUACUUCAGAUAAGGCGACUGAACUUCAUGAUGAAUCAGCAAAUACUCCUCAAGAAGGAGGAAACGGCGAAGUAUCGCACGACCCUUCGGAAAUAGACGAUUUACUUCCAACAUCCCGUUCACAACUGAGGCCGGUUGUCCCGGCUUCAAAGCCGCUACGGCGGACGGCCGUCCAAAAACGAGAAUGGGCACAUGUUGUCGACGUAAGAAAACCUAUGACGAAUUUCCGCGAGCUAGUACCCGAAAUGGCUCGCAAGUAUCCUUUCGAGUUAGAUACGUUUCAGAAGGAAGCCGUGUACCACCUGGAGAUGGGUGAUUCGGUUUUCGUUGCUGCUCACACUUCUGCUGGUAAAACGGUAGUAGCGGAAUAUGCCAUCGCUUUAGCCGCUAAACAUAUGACAAGAGCCAUCUAUACCUCUCCUAUCAAAGCGCUCUCAAACCAGAAAUUCCGCGAUUUCAAACAGACAUUCUCCUCUUCUUCUGUGGGUAUUCUUACGGGCGAUGUACAGAUCAAUCCAGAGGCGAACUGCCUGAUCAUGACGACUGAAAUUCUGCGAAGCAUGUUGUACAAAGGCGCCGACCUCAUAAGGGAUGUCGAGUUCGUAAUAUUCGAUGAGGUACACUAUGUGAAUGAUGCAGAGCGAGGCGUUGUUUGGGAAGAAGUCAUAAUUAUGCUCCCUGAACACGUCAGUAUAAUCCUGCUAUCUGCUACAGUGCCAAAUACGAAGGAGUUUGCAGACUGGGUUGGGCGGACGAAGAAGAAGGAUAUUUAUGUUAUCUCCACUCCAUCUCGUCCAGUUCCCCUUGAACACUACUUAUAUGCGGGUCGGGAUAUACAUAAGAUUGUCGAUUCCAAAGGCCAGUUCCUAUCGACUGGCUACAAAGAUGCUGGUGAGGCGUUGCGUAGAAAACAGGACAAAGAACGAGAGGCAGCAGGUUUACCUCCUGUGCAGCGCCUGGGUGCUCGUGCAGCUGCUCCGCAGCGUGGCCAACGUGGAGUGACUCGCGGUCGUGGCGGUGGAGCUCGAGGAGGGGGUGGAGCGCCAGGUGGACCACGGACGUUCCAUCAACCAGACAAGAAUCUCUACGUACAUCUCGUCGGUUUCCUUCGGAAAUCCAAUUUACUACCGGUCGUUGUUUUCACCUUUUCAAAACGGCGAUGCGAAGAAAAUGCGGCAACACUGACUAACGUCGACCUUUCUUCAGCGAGCGAAAGGAGUGAGGUGCAUGUCACGAUCGAAAAAGCCCUGGCGCGAUUGAAAGGCAGGCAGACAUUUAUCUUAUGCUGCACGGACAAGAAGUUACCGCAAAUAGGCAGAAUGAGGGACCUUCUUUCUCGGGGAAUUGGCGUCCAUCAUGGUGGAUUACUUCCUAUUGUCAAAGAGGUCGUCGAAAUUCUAUUCGCUCGUGGACUUGUCAAAGUUCUCUUUGCAACAGAGACCUUUGCUAUGGGAGUCAAUAUGCCUGCGAAGUGCGUUGUUUUCUCUGGAAUACGAAAACACGAUGGGAAAAGCUUCCGGACCCUUGAGGCGGGAGAGUAUACCCAAAUGGCUGGCCGAGCUGGUCGUCGGGGUCUCGACACGACUGGGACGGUCAUCAUCACAGCCAGUGAUGAAGUGCCUGAAAUCACAACGCUCCAAACUAUGAUGUUAGGAACUCCAAUGCGACUUCAGUCCCAAUUUCGGUUGACGUACAAUAUGAUUCUGAAUCUACUCCGCGUGGAGGCAUUGAAAGUAGAGGAGAUGAUCAAGCGAAGUUUUUCUGAGAAUGCGUCGCAGAAGCUCCUACCUGACCAGCAGCGAAAGGUCAUUGAAAAUGAGAAAUUACUCUCAACGAUGCCGAAGUUGGACUGCGAAGUAUGCCUUCCAGACAUUAGAGCAUACUACAACACGUCCGCGCAGGUUGUCGAUCUUAACGCUACGCUGUUGAGUUUGGCUGCCGCGAGCCCUCAAGGGAGCAGGACUUUCGGACAAGGAAGAAUCGUGAUUCUGCGCGACGAUCAUUUCCGAAACAAUGCAGCUGUCAUUGUAAAAGCCGGCCCUGCACAAGACAAAAUGAAGACGUUCUUCAUCCUAGCACUCAGUAACAAAGAGACUAAGGCUAAGAAAAUAAACCCCGAGGCUCAACCAGUGCCUCCCAUCUGGCCUCCACAAGUGGAUUCCGUCGUGAAUGAAGACUUUGUUUAUGAGUAUGCAGUGGUACCAAUAACGAGUAUCGCGUUGGUGACCAGCAGGACUUUGAAGGCCGACUUUGACCAAAUUGAGCGUGCCAAGAUAACACCGAUGAACAAUGCAGUUGCAGCCAUGAACGAAAUAGCUAAGGAGUGGGUCGCUGCUGGCUCCAUUCCUGAAACGGAUUGGAAUCGCGUACGGGCGCUUGAGUUCCAAGAAGCGCUUCGAACACGGAACGAGCUGACGCAGAAGCUGGCAAGUAAGGCUUGUCUCUUGUGUGAAAGCUUCAAGGACCAUUACGCUAUUUUGCAUGGUGAAAUGACUUUACGAGCGAAUAUCGAUAAUCUCAAAUUGGCGAUUUCCGACCAGAAUCUAGAACUCAUUCCAGAUUACGAACAGCGAAUUGCUGUACUGCAGGAGCUUAAAUUUAUCGACGCAAACUCGACAGUGCUUCUAAAGGGCCGGGUGGCCUGUGAGAUCAACUCUGCUGAUGAGCUUAUACUGACGGAAGUUAUUCUGGAGAACAUGCUCGCGACCUACGAGCCUGAAGAAGUCGUUGCUUUGCUGUCAUGCUUUGUGUUCCAGGAGAAAACGGAUGUGAAACCCGCGGUUACGCCACGACUUGAGGAAGGGCGUGCUGCGAUAUUAGGGGUUGCAGAGCGUGUUGGAGCUGUGGAGGACCGUAAUAAGGUGGCUUCUCCGGAUUCAGAGUCGCGUCUCAAGUUUGGACUUGUUGAGGUAGUGUAUGAGUGGGCGAAAGGGAUGCCGUUCGAACAGAUUAUGCUUCUCACUGACGUUGCAGAGGGAACAAUAGUUCGCGUAAUAACCCGUCUAGACGAGACAUGUCGAGAAGUUAGAGAUGCAGCGCGCGUUAUCGGCGAUGCAUCAUUGAUGAAGAAGAUGGAGGAGGCGCAAGUACGGAUCAAGCGCGAUAUCGUCUUUGCAGCAAGUUUGUAUUUCUAGCAGCACAAAUGCUCGUUAAACAUAAAACAAAGUGCAGUCAUCAGCAUGUAUUAUUAGGCUAUAGACUUCAUCAGAGGCGCUAGAUGUCAUGAUUCAUCGCGU